AAUUAUAGAGCACUAUUAUCGUAGUAUUAUAUAUUGUGUAGUUGAAGCGACCAUUGGCCAAACGUCGUCUAUAUAAUAUUUCUUACUUACAGGCCAUAGUAUACAAUAGACAGAGCAGAUUCAAUGUCGAUUAAUGGAGUAAUUAAUGGAUGCCCAUAAAAACUGAGAAAUUACUGUUAUGCAAGUUAUAGACGUCCAAGCACUAAUAAGCGCUAUUCUAUUCAUUCUAAUGUGAAAAACGCCAUUAGAUUUUUAUUUUCAUUACGAAUUUAUGUAGAUUGGCAUAUUUGAAAUCAAUUAAGUAUUGAAUUAAUGUUGAGGAUAAAAUUAGAAUAAAAUUAAAUGAAUUAAGUGUUAAUAAAUUGCAACAGUAUUUUUAAUUGUACAAAAUGACGACGAGUAUUAGUGAUAAUGAUUCACUCCCCAAAACGAAGAAACCUUCAGAUAGUGCCUUUAAACAACAACGCUUACCUGCAUGGCAGCCAAUACUAACUGCAGGGACUGUGUUACCGACAUUUUUUGUUAUAGGAAUUGCUUUUAUACCGGUUGGAGUUGGAUUAUUAUAUUUUUCAGACGAGGUUCAAGAGCAAGUUAUAGAUUAUACAAAUUGUCUAUCAAAAAAUUCAAUAAGGGAUCGCAAUUCGAGAUGCACCGAUGUCAUAGCUGCGAAUGCAUCGUUAAAUUGUUUCUGCGAAUUACCAUUUUCAUUGCCAACGGAUUUUAAUGGAAAAGUUUUUAUGUAUUAUGGUCUUACAAAUUUUUAUCAAAAUCACCGUCGUUACGUCAAAUCUCGAGACGAUAACCAGUUACUGGGUCAAUUAAGCCAGUUAGUUUCGAGCGACUGCGAGCCCUUUGCUUAUACAGACAGAAACGGAACAUUGAUACCUAUAGCACCUUGCGGUGCCAUAGCAAAUUCUUUAUUUAGCGAUGAAUUAAGCUUAUAUUCUCAUAGUCAUAAGAGAUACGUACCAUUAUUACGAACUGGUAUAGCAUGGCCUUCUGAUAAAAAUAUUAAAUUUAAAAAUCCACCCGGUGACUUGAGAGAGGCAUUUAAAGAUUUUGAGAAACCUAAAAAUUGGAAGAAACCCGUAUAUCAGUUAGAUCCUGACGAUGAGAACAAUAAUGGUUUCAAAAAUGAAGAUUUAAUAGUAUGGAUGAGAACAGCUGCACUACCAACAUUUAGAAAAUUAUAUCGUAGAGUAGAUCAUAGUCAACAAGGCUUUACCGACGGUUUACUUGCUGGCAAUUACACUUUAAUGGUUAAAUAUUCUUAUCAAGUUUCAGCUUUCGAAGGUACAAAGAGAAUGAUUUUAAGUACAACGUCCCUUUUAGGUGGAAAAAAUCCUUUCCUUGGCAUUGCUUAUAUCGUAGUUGGAUCCGUUUGCUUACUUUUGGGAAUUGCAUUAUUAAUCAUACAUAUUAAGUGCUCUAAGAGUACUACCGAUAUGAUCAACGUUAAUCCUACAACAGUGUACCAAUGAAAUUAUAGAUUUUUUUAUAAAGAAAAAUUCACUCAUGUACGUGUUUAAAAUAAAGGAAAAGACAAAAUAUUAUUAAAAGUAACAAAUCGUUAACUAGUAAGGACUCAAC